AUGAAUAACUCAUGUGUAGAAGUUAAAUUCAUUGGUACCAUUGACGUACAGGGUAAAGAAGAAGGAAACUCUGAAAAUGAGGAUGUUUUUGAUGUGAGCGACGUUUGGGAGAGGAGCGAUGAUGUAAUGCCAUUGCAGUCUCCAGCUGUGUCCAAGGUAGUUCGCAACGUUCGAAGAUUGAGUCAGCAAGGGAGUUUCAAGAAACAGCUGUCAUUAAGUUCACAGUCCAGUAGUGGUGGUGACACUCCCAGAUACAAACAGUCCGGAAUGCAACGAAGAAGUAGUGGAAACAUUUCUGCUCAUGGUCUGUCAACAGCAGUAACCCAAUCGAUUGCUGAAAACUGUAGGGUUAUGGUUUCGCAGCUCGCUGAGCAACUUUCUGGGGUGACCACUACAAGAGGAGGGACUUUGCUUGACCGUGUUCUCUUGGCUGCUCACCAACUAGUUACUGACCUAGGUCAGCUGGAAAUAACCUUUGACCAACCUGCUUUAUUGAGAGAUAAUGAAUCAAUGCAAAAAAACAUACAGUGGGUCAGCACCAUGCUUCAUUGUCUCGUAAACAGCGUCACUUGCUACAUUAUCUGCCACAAGAACCAUGCCACACCUAGAGCCUCUACUCAGUACAAAGAUAGAUACCUUGACAGUAUCACCCAUCGAGUCUACGAAGCUCAGGCAAAGAUUGCUAAUGCCGUGGCAUUUAUUCUUCAGGGUAUUGAAAAACAGGUAGAUGGCCUUAUUUUGCAGUGGGUUUCUCAAGCACAGCGCAGCAUAGGACGACUAAUAGCGGUAUUGGGGGAAGUCUGUGCUUUUGCAAAGGACAACCCAACAUGGACUGUUCUGUUAGAGGUGGACAAAUUGAUUUGUUCCAACUUUAUGAAAGGAGUGGUUUCUUUCAUUUCUCAUGUUGUCCAGCAGACAUUUGAAAAAGCUGAUGACAAUGAGAGCCAUGUUCAAGCCUUAGCUGAUGAUAGUUUUUUUGGAGCUAUUAAGGAGUCUUGGAGUAUUCUUCGGGCAAGCCAAGAGGCACUGGCUGCUAUUAAACUGUUUUUAGGGAAAUACCAAGUGUGUCAGCCUGAAGAUAUAUGCAACACACAAUGUUCUGACGACAGUAUUCAGGCUUUAAAGGAGUUCUACGUCACAUGUCUUGAAUCGGUAGAAAGUCUGUAUAAACUGAAUGGUCAGCUUGUCCAGUUUGUUAACAUGAUGGAGAACUUAGUCACAGGUCCUGAAGACUUGCUGAUAAGAAAACAGCUGCAGUCUUUGGCCGUGAGUCUCAAGAAGUCUCUGACGGACUUGAUGAGUCAGAAGUUUUUGGGUGAGACUAGUGAUUUUUCUACUAUAACCAACAACAAGGACAACAGUUCAAGCCCCGUAUGUGCUGCAGAAGUGGAUGUAAGGUUAAAGGUUGCACAUCAUGAUGCUGCCACAUCAUUGAAGAAACUACAGGAUUCUCUGAACCAAGCAACUCCUCGUAAGGGUAUUCUGAAGUCUCCGAAAGCAACAGCAAAAGCUGCAUUGUCUUCCACUUUAAAUUCAAAGAACUCUAUCCAGGAAGGAUUAGACUCGAACGAUAGUCAUGUUACAGCAUGGUAA